AUGGACCACCAUCCCAGCACUCCUACGCGGCCUCCCGAUUACUCCCUUCCCGCCUAUGAAGAUGAAGACACACCCGGCCAUGGAAGCGGUGUGAGGCUGCUGACCUCUAUGGAUGAUCCUCUUGACAGCCGACAGUAUGUGACUCGAACCUCUCCCACCAGGGAGCCGCUCGCAUCGGCAAUGCAGCCCGAAUCCCCUGUUCCUUUGCCUCUCUCUCCAGGCGGGCGUGUGCUGUCCCAUCCUUCUUUCACUGGCCAGUCGCCAGUCCGCACGCCAGGAAGUUCCUUGGCCGAGCUGAGGAGGAAGCCCGUAGACGGCUCUCCUACCGUAAAGCUUCAGAAGAAGAACAAGCCCGAACACAUCUUGCAAGCGGAGAUUCUCCAGAGCCUACCCACUCUGCCCGACGGGCCGUCUCGCAGGAAAAGUCUCCUUCGCGAACAGAGAACAGGCAGCCCGGUCCGCCCGAGAGCUGCUAUGUCAGCCAGUGGUCUACAACCUCCUUCCGUGGCUUCUUCUCACUCCAGACCCUCUUCAAUCCUCGAUCCGCCGAGCAUGCCCCCGCCAGAUUCCACCUAUGUGCCGUUUCAACGAAGAGACAGCAUCGCCAGUUCCCGAGGCUGGAGCCCAUCGCGGAUGUCUGGAAGCUAUGCGCGCUCUCCUCCGUCGAGUGUUCACUACGAACCUUCAGAACUCAAUGGAUCGCCACGUCCGGGAACACCCUCAUCCAGAUACGGCGGAAGCCCUCGGCGGCCAUUGCCUCCCGAGCCCUUGUUCUCGACCGGAGCGAGGAACUCUGCUGCCUUCGCCGAUGACGCUACUGUCUCAAUACCUCUCGAUGGAGAUCACGACGACGAUGUCUUCGGUCCCGAUCGUGAUUAUGUGGAGUCGCACCACCAUGACUAUUACGACCAUGACCACCAUGAUCACUAUGAUCACCACGACGACAAUGACCACCAUGAUCAUCAUGACUACCACGACUACCGUGAUCACCACAACCAUGACCGAGAUUCGUAUGGGAGGGACUCUCAAACAACUCUGAGCGGAGCUGGCCACGGGGACGAUGACGAGUUUAACGAAAAGGUAUCGCACUACGGACCCGCCCCCGAGGGCGAGCAGGAACGUCGUGGCGUCAGGGCCCCUCAGACCUCCAAGAAGGAAGUCCAACUCAUCAACGGCGAACUGGUGCUUGAGUGUAAGAUCCCCACCAUCCUCUACAGCUUCUUGCCGCGCCGCGACGAGAUCGAAUUCACCCACAUGAGAUACACCGCCGUCACCUGCGACCCCGACGAUUUCGUCGACCGCGGGUACAAGCUGAGGCAGAACAUUGGCCGGACGAUGCGCGAGACGGAGCUGUUCAUCUGCAUUACCAUGUACAACGAGGACGAGUUCAACUUCACCCGUACCAUGCACGCCGUCAUGAAAAACGUAUCUCACUUCUGCAGCCGCAGCAAGUCGAGGACGUGGGGCGAGAACGGCUGGCAGAAGAUUGUGGUCUGCAUCGUCUCCGACGGCCGAGAGAAGAUCCACCCGCGUACCCUCGACGCCCUAGCCGCCAUGGGAGUCUACCAGCAUGGCAUCGCCAAGAACUACGUGAACCAAAAGGCCGUCCAGGCCCACGUGUACGAGUACACCACCCAGGUCUCUUUAGACUCCGACCUCAAGUUCAAGGGCGCCGAGAAGGGAAUCGUGCCGUGCCAGAUGAUCUUUUGCCUCAAGGAAAAGAACCAGAGGAAGCUCAACUCGCAUCGGUGGUUCUUCAACGCCUUCGGUAAGGCCCUGAACCCCAACGUGUGCAUCUUGCUCGACGUCGGUACUCGCCCCGGCACGAACUCGCUGUACCACCUUUGGAAGGCGUUCGACACCGACUCCAACGUCGCCGGCGCUUGCGGCGAGAUUAAAGCCAUGAAGGGCCGCUUCGGCGGCAACCUGCUCAACCCGCUGGUGGCCUCUCAGAACUUCGAGUACAAGAUUUCAAACAUCCUCGACAAGCCGCUGGAGAGUGUUUUCGGUUACAUUACUGUGCUUCCCGGUGCGCUCAGCGCUUAUCGGUAUCACGCUCUUCAAAACGACGAGACCGGCCACGGGCCCCUUAGCCAGUACUUCAAGGGUGAGACGCUGCAUGGUCAGCAUGCGGAUGUGUUUACUGCAAACAUGUAUCUCGCCGAGGACAGAAUUCUUUGCUGGGAGCUCGUCGCGAAGCGACAAGAGAGGUGGGUGCUGAGAUAUGUCAAGAGUUGUACCGGAGAGACAGAUGUACCGGACACUGUUCCCGAGUUCAUAUCCCAACGCAGACGUUGGCUCAACGGCGCCUUCUUCGCCGCCGUCUAUUCCCUCGUUCACUUCAGGCAAAUUUGGAACACCGACCACACAAUCGCACGCAAGAUCCUCCUGCACAUUGAGUUCCUCUACCAAUUCCUGCAACUCCUCUUCACCUACUUCUCUCUCGCCAACUUCUACCUCGCCUUCUACUUCAUCGCCGGCGGUCUCGCAGACCCCACCGUCGAUCCGUUCGGUCACAACAUUGCGAAAUAUAUCUACACGAUUCUACGGUACACCUGCGUUCUGCUCAUCGCCACUCAGUUCAUCUUGUCUCUAGGUAAUCGGCCGCAGGGUGCUAAGAAGCUCUACCUGACGAGCAUGAUUGUCUACUGCGUUAUCAUGUUGUAUACGACGUUUGGCUGUAUCUACAUCAUCGUUCGGCAGCUCACUAAGAAAGAACUCGACGAGGACGGAAACGAAAUCGGCCUAAAGCUCGGCAGUAACGUCUUCACCAACCUCGUAGUCUCCAUCGCCUCAACAAUCGGCCUCUACUUCCUCAUGUCCUUCCUCUACCUCGACCCCUGGCAUAUGUUCACCUCCUCGCUGCAAUACUUCCUCCUACUACCGAGCUACGUCUGCACGCUCCAGGUCUACGCCUUCUGCAACACACACGACGUCACCUGGGGAACCAAGGGCGACAACGUCAUGAAGACGGACCUCGGCGGCGCCGUCGGCCAAGGCUCGACGGUCGAACUCGAGAUGCCAUCCGAGCAGCUCGACAUCGACAGCGGCUACGACGAGGCCCUCCGCAACCUCCGCGACAGGCUCGAGGUGCCGCAGACGGGCAUCUCGGAGGCACAGCUCCAGGAGGACUACUACAAGAGCGUGAGGACCUACAUGGUCGUCACGUGGAUGAUCGCCAACGCCAUCCUCGCCAUGGCCGUGUCGGAGGCGUACGCGGGGCGUGUGAUAGGAGACAACUUUUACGUGCGGUUCCUGCUCUGGAGCGUGGCUAGUUUGGCGCUCUUUAGAGCUUUGGGGAGCACGACGUUUGCGAUUCUGAAUGCCGUUAAUAUGAUUGUUGAGGGUCGUGUUAGGAUGAGUUUGAAGGUACCCGAGUGGGUGGGCGGGUUGGGGAGUAAGAUGUCGGAGACUAUGAGUAGCAUAGGGAGUAGCGUGAGGAGGUGA